CUGCUUCAUGAUGGUUUACAGGUUGCAUACAAUCAAAGUUCAAUCUUCUUACCUCCACAAAUGUUUCAUUCCUCUCGCGAUUCCAAAGUGGUUACCUUGGUUUAUUUAACAUUGAGCGAUGUGUUAUCACUCCAGAAAGAAACUGGUGGCAAGAUGUUUCCCAAAACUACCAUCGUUUCUUCCACCGUUGAGCCCAGGCCCCUGGGCGAAUUAAAGAACCCUGUUAAGAUCAUCCUUGAAAACAGAAAGGUAUAAACACAGUUUUGGUCACAAAGUUUUAUUUAAAUACGGUCAUCUGCACGUCGGUUAACUGCCGCAUAUAUAGUGCAUGUAUAUCCUGAAAAGGUCAUCUUUGAUAGCUUUGUUGGCCCUGAUUCUCAAUGCCAGAAGUUGUAUAGUUGACAUAGCUUGGGAUUUUAUCAAAAGCCGGUCACCAAAUUUAAUAAAUUAUACUUCCAGCGACAGCGUGGUUAACACAGUUGAAGUUUAUUUGUGUCUCUUUUCAAGGUGCCACCACGAGCCCUUACUUCAAAGAAGACGCAUUGUGUCUUUUGGCGCCCAAAAGAACCGCCUGCGAUGUGGAAAACCAGCGGCUGCCAACUUGUCCACAGAGAGUCAAACGCCUUUAUCACAACGUGUGAAUGUGAUCACCUAACUGUCUUUGCAGCUCUUAUGGAUCGAUACGGUUCAAAUGUAGGUAGAUAUUUGUGAUAGAAGGGACACUCAGUCAAUUUGGAUUUUCUCUGCUUGCUUUAUUUGGAUGCGGACGUUUCCUGAUUCUUUUUAAUUAUUAUAUUUACCUUUUAGUUGGAUCGCGUAGAUCCACGCUGACGCGUUUUACUUUCGCCCAUGUCUUUUAAAGGAGCUAUGCCAAGAUUUCUUGGCUUUAUUCCAAAAAAAAUGUUGAAAUCAAAGACAAUCAUGAAAUAAUAGUUUAGUUUUUAAAAUUUAUUAUUGGAUACUGCUGAACCUCAAGAUAUAUUAUAAAGUACAUGUCUUUGGCUCUCCGUGGCCAGUAGGAUGGAGAAAGACUGGUGUGGAAACUUGACAUCCUUGGGCCGAUGUUUUAGGUUAAAUACUCCCCAUUGUUAGCUUGUGCUGUGUCCUACUCCAAAUGCCGAGGAAUGAUUUGUAUUCGAUGAGUAAACUCCGUAUCAUUCACUACGUUAUUCUUUCUGCAACAUACUCUAAAGCCUACGUCUUUUAACCCUAUUCAGACUUGGGGGGCUUUUCGAACCCCCCCCCCGGCAAAAUCGUGAUAACUACUACACCGAAAGAGCUAUGACGUUCAAAUUUUCUGACUUUUCCUAAAAUUUAUCUAGGAACAUUUUGGUAUAAUUACUAUGUCCAUGUGAUUAAUCAUGUUGCCAUGGCAACCAGUUUCUGACACAUAGGUUUUGGAAAAUUCAAAAAAUGGUGAUUUUUUUGUUUUAAGAUCGCGUUUUUACACUUACAGUGCUUUUUGUUGUUAAAAUGGUCUUUGCUUGGGACUAGUUUUUGAAUUACAUCAAAAUGUUUCAACAUCGAAUAUUUGGGGGGGAGGGGUGGGGUAAAAUUUGUCACUUUUUUGCUUUGACAAAUAUGCUGCUCUAUUUUCCAAAUAACACUUCCAAAGUCAUUUGUUUGGGUAAUAAACAUUAGUUUGAUACUUCUUUUAUACAUUCUGAGCUUUUUCCCCUUUGAAAGUUGCUUUAAAUUAUAAUUUUAACAAAAAAACGGAAAUCCAAAUGGCGGAUCCAAGAUGGCGGACAACCAUUUUAAAUUUUAAAUUUUAUUGCUUCCUAUUGCUUUUUCUCGCUGUACAAGUGUUUCCUUGUUACUAGUUCAUAAGAAAGGAUAACAAAGAGAUGACUUUACCAAUAUUAUUGAUAUUUUACGUAUCUAAGUGGAAAAAUAAUAAGAAACAUUGAAAAAUCGGAAUAUGACGUCACUGUGACGUCAUCAUUGGGCGUGGGAAGUCAAAACUGGGUGUGGGGCUUCUUUGUACGGAGAUGAUCAUUGUGUGUAAAUUUCAUGACCCUAGCAUUAUUGGUUCCAGAGAUACAGAGGGGGGGGUCCGAGGAGCCCCCCAGUCACAGAUUGACCAAAAAAGCCCAGUCUGAAUAGGGUUAAAGGAUCUUAAAUUCUUCGACUAUCAACAAUGCAAUUAUCGGAAAUAGCGUUCUCGGAUCAAGACAAUAUACGGUGGUCGAUUCUAACCAACUUUCUUGUCUUUUUAAAGGCAUCAUUACCUCACAAGAAAGCCUUGGAGAUCAUAUCGACUAUUGGCUGUUCCAUCUCGCUGUUUUCUGUUCUCAUGACCAUGGCUGUUACUUUGUUCUUCUGGAGGGACCUGAAAGGUCCGAGAGUAAAAGUUCUGCUAAACUUGUGCGCUGCCAUUGCCUGUAGCUGCAUACUUGCUAUACUGGAAGGCUCGGCAAGAAACGAAGAGGUGUGUAAAAUUCUUCAAGUAGAAAUGCAACAAGCCCGCGCAAACCGCCUGAUAGAUUACUGUCUCUCCCAAUACUCCUAAGGAAAUGUUCCGAAUUAGAAGGCAAUAUUAUUGUGGGUAGAGUCAACCUUCUUUAGCCACUUGCACUACGAUGAUGUCAUUUUCCUACAACUUCCAAAAUCCCUCAGUUUGUUGUUUUCUUUUGUAAAUAAGAGUGCUGUUGAUUUUUAAACCUCAGUUUGAUUGACAAAUUUACUCAUAAGAAAGCAAAAACUGAAAUAAAUUCUGGUAGCUAAAGUGAAAUGUCGUCAUCGUAGAAUGGCCUAUCGUGUCACCUCUGAUAAUGAGCCUAUCUUAAUAUUCAAAUAAACACGCAAAUGCAGCAAUUAGCCCAGCAAAGAAUACUCGUUUCAUCCCAUUAUUGACUUGUUAAAUUCUACACAAAAUAGUUUAAUUUAUUAAAAGACAAAUGAAGUCAGAUAAAAAUAGUUGCGGGGACAAGAGCAGCCCGCAAUCCUAAUAUCCAGGUUGCUAUUACGAAUUAGCCUUCCACUUAGAAUGAAUGGAAUGCACAGAACGUAAUUUUAUCACUUACGUUUCGACCUUCUAUAACCCCUCGUAAUCUGAUCACGUGUGUUUUGACCAUAUGUCACGAGAACUUACGCGAAGCACAGCGAUGGAACAAAAGCGUUUUGACCUUCGAUCGUUGUCGCACGCACUCCGUAACGCUUGGUUAUUAUUACUAGUCUAUUAAAUAAGUUAAAAUGAUUUAUAGUCUUCUGUGUUAUCUUAACUUGUAGCCCCAGUGCACUGUGGUCGCUGCUCUACUGCACUAUUUUUUGCUCGCCUUAUUUUCAUGGAUGUUGUGUGAGGGUAUACUGCAUUACAUUGUUAUCGUAAGAGUUCAUGGGGACGCUGAGGAUAAAGUAAAGUUCUUUUACCUGUUUGGAUGGGGUAGGUACACUCUCUCAGAUUUUCCUGUUGGAAAACAUGGAUUACACUGUAAGGCUGUUAUUAUCCCUGUAAAACAGGACUAGACUAGACUGUUCGCAUUGCUUUGAAAUAGAUAUGACUGUUAAAUAAAUGAAUUAAUUUUUAAAUUAAAUUAAUAAAUCGAAUUAAUAAGGAUAAAAGAUAAAAAAAGAUACCUGACCUACCAGGAAGGAGUUUUUAGGCCAGUCGUGUUAACGGAGGAAAUAUCACUCCACGAAAAAAAGGAAAAGAAAGGUACAAAGGACGAAGAAAGCAAACCCAAGGGGGGGGGAAACAGAGUAAGAGCGGCAUGUUGCCGUUAUGAUGUGCGUCAUAUUGGGGUCUAAUAUUAUAUCUUAACACUUCUAGGUUUUCCAGCCAUAAUGGUUAUAAUUGCGCUGUCUGUCACCCGACUGAAAGGAUAUGGUCACAAAGAAGCUUGCUGGUUGAAUGCUGAUAAGGGAUUGAUUUGGGCCUUUAUUGUCCCAGCUCUAGGUGUUAUUCUGGUCAGUAAAAAAUACAUUUAGCGUGUCUAGUCUUAUCAUGCCUAACGCAGGCGCGGGUCCGGGAUGAAUACUGACCGAUUUCCCAAACUAGCGCCAAAGGCGCAAGCUUCAAGGUGGCCUUCCAUGCAGGCGUUUUUAGGCGAGUUCUUUUUUCAUCCCUCCCCACAAACGCCUGCUCAACUGAACACAACAUUCCUUUCCCAUGCUUAGCCAAUCACAUUAUACUUUCCAAAUUCUGGAAAGUUGACCUUGACCGCAGGAUAAUCUGAUAAUUACUCGAUCUGGAAGAAACACUGGGAAAAGCUGUCUGACCUCUAAGAAAUGUUAGAUGCAGAGCGGCAAAAAUAAGAUUUAUUCAAAUUUUAGAAUACUCCAUGCACUGCAUAACCUUAGCGAAAGAAAGAAAAGAAGGAAAACGGUAACUCUAGGGUCGCGUUCUAGUCGCGUUUAGCCUGUCAACACUUUAUUGCACAACUGUUGAUUGGUCACUUACUACUCAAAUAAAAAACAAUGGGAAAGGAAUGUUGUUUUCGGUUGAGCAGGCAUUUGUGGGGAGGGAUGAAAAACGAGCUCCCCUAAAAACACAUGCGUGGGAGGCUACAAUCGGCGACAAAAUGAGUUGAGACACUUCGCCCAAAAGUAGGCUUUUUUACGUUUUAUCAACUUCAAAAGGACGAAAUAUAGCUUUCCUCCCCCAUCCCCUCCGUACAAUGUUGGGCCCCUGUUCUAGCUACCUAUAGAAAACAACAAACACCCCAACUUUGAAUGGAGGGGACAGGGGAGGGGUGCGGAUUCUUUUGUUCUCCGAAGUCACUCGAUUUUGGUACAAUGUCUCUACAAUUUUGUCGCCGAUUGUCUGAAUCUCAAAAGUGGCCGUACGUCCUUUAGAAAGUUAAUUGAAUUCAUAUUUUUAUGCUGGGAUGUAAGACCCCUGGUGGCUUUUUUAUUUGUUAUGUUUGACUUCAUCAUACCUAUUUUAGAACAAUUAUAAUAAGGCGAUUUCGUUAUUUUCAGUGCGUGACAUUUCGUGUCACGCUUAACCGUGCCUUGACAUCGUGCGAUGUGGCGCGUCGGGCACGAUUUCUUAUUCUCUCCUUUAUCGAACCGCAUCCAAACAAAGAACAACGUGAAAAGGAUAGAAACUUAAUAGAUUUAUAGGCAUUAAAGUAGUUAUAAUGGCUAAAAUUGCUCUUUAGGAGGAAUUUCCACGAGUAACCACGAGUAACCACGAUGAGUAAAAAACAAAAUAAUUUAAUUAUCUUUUAAGAACAAAGUUGGUUACUCGUGGUUACUCGUGGCCAGUCUCCUCCUGACCUCAUAGUUUCUACUGUAAAGUACAUUCUUCAAAGACCAUCAUGGGUAUAUGGGCAACGAAUUUGCUGCACGGAUUUAGCGAUGCUAUACAGCUUUGCUGUGCAUUUGAAGUUGGAACAUUUUUUCUGAAAAUUCUCCUGCGCAUAGCAAUCAUGGCUAUUUUAUCGUCCAUCCCACCCUUAUCAAAUAGCCAAACUUCGAAUAAAUACUUCGAAAUUACUAGGGAUAUAUUCAAAUACAAUAUAUUAUCUGCCAUCGAUUCCUACCGAUCACACUUAGUUACCAGAGGAAAAUCAAUCAUUCGGUACGUGGGUAUGCUGCGUAAUUACUUGAAAUCACUACCGAGUACAAAAAUUGGCAAAACUAAUUUUCCCCCGAAAAACACAGGAAAGGGAUUAUAUGGGUAUCUUAUCUAUCUUCUGAAAAACGACCCGGUGAAUAUAGUAAUCUCAACUAGUUACCGUCUCCUAACCGGUGCUAAUAGGACAACAGCGCGUAGAUUUCGAUCCAGACAAUCGGCGACAAAAUGGGUUGUGACACUUCGCCCAAAAGUAGGCUUUUUUACGUUUUAUGAACUUCAAAAGGACGAAAUAUAGCUUUCCUCCCCCAUCCCCUCCGUACAAUGUUGGGCCCUUGUUCUAGCUACCUAUAGAAAACAACAAACACCCCAACUUUGAAUGGAGGGGACAGGGGAGGGGUGCGGAUUCUUUUGUUCUCCGAAGUCACCCUAUUUAAGUACAAUGUCUCAACAAUUUUGUCGCCGAUUGUAGCUUCAAGGGGAAUCAGGGGGGCAGGCUCCCCCAGGAAUUUUUUUGGCUUUCGUUCGACUCCUUAAAGUCCCCUUUUCUGGAUUUCCGAGUCAUUCAGACGGGAUAUUGGCCAGAUUUCAACCUGGAAAGUGUUUUUAUGAUAAAAAUGUAUCUAUUUCGAAAAAUCUGACCGAUUUCUGUAACACAGUGGAAGCCUGUAUGGAUUCGCGCUUCUGACCUUAUGGUAUAGAUUAAGCCUUUUCUGCUAUUUGAACCGACAGUUUUUUGAAGAUGAAAAUAUUUUAUCUGCGCAAAGUGUGUUUUGAAGUCCCCCUUCCUCAACGUAGAUUACGAUCAAUACGCCAACCGUGCCGUUGUUUAAAUUGAAGGCAGUCAACUACCGAAAGUACACCUAACUUUCCUCCUAACUCUCCUUUUAAAUGUUGCAGAAAAGUCUAGAUUAUAAAGCUAGUCUAUCAUAGGCUCUUCAAGAUAACAAAUAUUUUGGGCCUACCAAACCCAACUGAGCCGGGUCAUUCUAAAGGCUUACGAUCCAAGAAUAGGCCACCAUCACGGAUUCAACAUCCACUGAAAAUUCAGUGAGAUGUAUGGGAGUGAACAUUGUAAAACUGGAGAAAUCAUGGACUUUAUUUCUAAGGUUUAAAACUUGUUAUCGACUAGUCGAAAAGUCAAUGAGAAUAACUUGUUUUGGUUAAACGUGUCUUCCUAUGAAUUUGAAUUACACACAUAAUGAAAAAGUUUUGUUAUUGAAAACUGCAUUUAAGCUGACUGAAACAGUUUCUGGUCAUCUGUUACUACGUCCGGAUGGCAAUAGCCUGAGAAAACAGACGAAAUUUGCGGCACCACCACUGGUUUCCGUGUGAAAUGACGUAGAAACGAGCGCAGAAAUUCUAUACUGAUGACCUGUCACUACCCAGAUCUGAGUAGUGCUUCUGAUUGGUCGUGCCGGUUGAAAAAUUUACUUCGGCCAAUCAUAUGCACUUACCAGGUCUGGGCAGUGACGCGUCAUCAGUACAGAAUUUCUGAGCUCGUUCCUUAGACGUCAUUUUGCGAGGAAACCAGUGGUGGCGUCGCGAAAUGUCGACUGUUUUCUCAGGAUAGGAUGGCAAUGAAACUUGAAAAGGUUUAAAAAAAAUCUCCAAAAAUUAUUAUUGUUAGUGACCCCUGAUCGGAUUAAAUUUGUUUGAUACCUUCUUCAUAACUCUACAUCUUGUGUAUUAUGGUAAUGAUAUUAAGUAAUGCCAAGCAAAGAAUUGACCUGAAACAAUAUCUCUUGACACUAUAACGACUUGAAGCUAAAAAAGUAACAUGGUUCGAGGUCAUUUGCCAAGUAAAUUUCUGUAACUUUUACAGGUAAAUAUCGUGGUAUUUUUUUUGGUUAUUCGCCAAAUGAUGGGAACAAAGUACAUGAAGAACAAGACACAGGUGGAAAAAGUGAUAACUGGAGUCAAAGCCUCUGGGGUCAUUCUUCCACUGCUUGGAAUCACGUGGCUAUUUGGACUGUUGAGUUUCAAUUCGGAUACCAUCAUCUUUAAGUAUAUAUUCACCAUAUUCAACUCUCUCCAAGGCUUGAUGAUCUUCAUAUUUCAUUGCGUUCUCAACAAACAGGUAAUAGUUUUUUUUUUCUUG